AUCAGAGCCGGUUUAGAACUUACUAUUUUCGCUUCCCCGGCGGGCGGCAACCUCACCUUAGCCGCCCGCCGGACCUCAACCUAGUCCGCUAAAAAUCUCUACACAUACCUUCACUCUUUUUCACCACCACGCCGAAGCAAACCCAAAAUCCCUCUGGGACAUUUCGUCGAACACCAUUCAGGCGGGACACCCAGCAUAGCCAGACAGACAGGCCAACCUCUUCUCUCCUCUCUCGGGCUGGUUCUCUCCUUCCAUACCACCACCCUCCACUACACCUCACCACCCCUUUCUGUUGCAUGGAAGAUGCAUGCACAAGGAUGCUCAUACUGGACCAUUCAAAACAAAUACAGAAGCAACAUUGCAAUGGCCGGGACAGGCAUCUACCAGCUUUCAGGUCAAACUCAGGAUUUCCUCGGAUCACUAAGAAGCGUCAGCCAUGAAAUCAAAGGAGACUGUCAUGGCCGAUCCUAUUCCAAGCCUCGUCAUCGGUGUCGACCUCGUCCCCAUUCGCCCCGUUCGCGGCGCCAUCGGUGUCGAAGAGGACAUCACUAAGCCACAGUGCCGAGCCACCAUCAAGUGGCUCAUGGCUGAGAAUGGCUGUCGAGCCUUCGAUUUGGUGUUGCAUGAUGGCUCGCCAAAUGUUGAUGGUGCUUGGGCUCAAGAGGCGACUAGCAAGCAUGCUUUGGUUAUUGAUUCUGUGAAGCUCGCUACUGAGUUCUUGGCUGCAACAGGAACAUUUGUUACCAAAGUUUUCAGAUCUCAGGAUUACAGUGCUGUCCUCUACUGCCUUAGACAGCUUUUUUGAAAAGGUUGAAGUGGAUAAACCAGCUUUUCCAUUCUAAAAUAUUCUCCAUCCAACACCAUCAUCACAUACCACCGCCCAAACAUUCUUUAUCUUAUAUAUAUAUAUAUAUAUAUUUUUUUAUUAUAAUAUAUUUCCCCUAUCCCUACCAUUGUUAGUGAUCAUCACCCGUUUUCUAUUAUUUUAUUAUUAUUAUUUUUUUAUAUAUUUCACCAAAAAAAAAAAAUAAAAAAUAAAAAAAAUAAAAAUAAAAAU